CCCGACUUUGCAAUUGAUCGCGAUCCCGGCAUGCCAAACCCAAAUGCUUUCCUCAAAGCGCUACUAGAACCAGACCCAAAAGACAAACGCAUCCGCGACCUCUUGGCACAAUGCCAGAACCAUCCCGGGCCCGGCGGCGUGGUGAUCCUCUGCCCUGUCGCUGAGAGUCUCGCGGGGUGGGAUAGAGAGAGUGGCUUAGAAUGGGCGGCAUUGAUGACUGAGGAGUUUCUCGCGAGUCAUGUGUUGAGAGCAUCGGCGUUACCACAGGGGAGUACCAGACACCGUCCACGACAAUAUACGACUCUUAAUGGUCGUACGGUUAUUAUAAAGGAAGAUCACGUGUACGGACAUAAGGGUUUCCAGACUCUUCAUCGGGCAAAGUUACUCUCGGACGACCUCAUCCCAUCCUCACCACAUGGCCAAUCGGCCUCCCUUCGGUCGACACCACCAGUCUUGGUGUACUAUCUAGAUAGACCAUUGAUCGGAUCACCCUCAGACUGGUCCGCCCGACCCUGGCGUCCCCGAAAACUCCGAACAUUUACGACAUUUGGUGAACUCCUCGACGCCUACCCCGCCAUCUCUCGACAACUCGAACCAGGCCUCGUCACUCUCUUCAAACACUUCAACGACUUCCAACUCGAGAAACACCUAGACCACCCACCAUCCGAGGGAGAUAACGAAGACGAAGAAGACGCGUUGGUCCGCAAGGUCGAGGACGUGACGAAUGCCGCCGUGGAGUUGUUUAAGGGCGUCGAUGAUGGUGCCGUAUCGCAACUAGUUCACACGAGUUCGGUCACGGGUGAAGGGAUCGAACGUCUCAUCGAGAAAUUCGUUUCGGAACGCGCGCAUGAUUAUUUGUUUCUCCGACUUGCGCACCUCCACCGCCACCAGGAUCAGGCGUUGAGGGAGGCGAUUGAGGCUGCGAGGGGGGUUGAUGUGGGACAGGUUGGGGUACCGGUUGUCGAUGGGGAGGUUAGGGCGCGGUUGGGGAGGGCGGUGGGGAGGUUUGAUGGGAUUAGGGCUGCGCGGACGGCGGUGGAGAAGUUGGAGAUAUUGGUGGAUGUGCUGGUCAUACUUACACACGCACAACAACGAGAUCCUCACACAGAGGCGGAGGUGAGUGAGAAACCAAGAUUGGGCGCGCUCGUUUCGGCGGAUUAUUUGAUUCCGUUGAUGUUGUUGGUCGUGCUGAGGUGUAAUGUUGACCAUUUGGAUACGACGCUCGCAUAUAUGCGGAAAUUCUCGUUGGGGGAUACGGGGCAUGGGGAGUGGGCGUACGCCCUAAGCACCCUCGAAGCUGUCUUUUUCUAUAUCCUCGAAAACAAGGACAAACUGGCGGGGGUGGGGAGGGUGAAUGAGGAGUAUUGGACGGCGGUGAGGGAGGGGAGGGUGGGGCGGUGGCGAGAGUCGUGGAAUGAUGGGGAGAUUAGUUUGGAGAGCGUGGCGAGGAGUCAGAAUGGGAGGGGUGAGAGUGCAGUGAUGCAGGCUGUCAAAGCUGGUUCAGAGGAGAGCCUGUCAUCGUUGGCGGGGUGGGGGGAACUCGCUACGGGGUUCUGGGUGACGGAUGUUGACGAGAGGGGGAUGACGCCGCUAGCGGAAGCUGUACAGCGUGAAGAACCUGGACUCGUACGACUGAUAUUGUCGCGUAUUCUCCCCCGUGCGACGAAGUCCGAGUUGAGACGGUAUCUGGCGUACGCGGAUUUUACAAAGAGGACCGUUGCGCAUUGUAUCGUCAACAUGCCUUGGCUCAUCGACGAGGUAGGCGAGCUCUUGCCGUGGGGCGCGAGGGACCAGAAUGGGCAGACGCCGUUGUAUACGCUUUGUACAAUGUAUGACCAUACUGAAUACCGCACCAUGGUCCUGUCUGCGAUACGAGCUUUGCGGGCGAGUAAGGGGGGGAGGGAGGUGAGGCUGGUUGACCAUAGGGAUGGGGUGAAGGGGAAUACUUUGCUCCACAUCAUCCGCGAUGUGGAUUGUUUGAGAGAGUUACUGAAGGCCGAGGGCGAGGUAAACGCCCCCAACGCGAAAAGCCUCCCCGCCCUCCUCAACUUCGCAAAAAACGGGCGUGUGGAUCUCCUACGAGUAUUUUUCGAGAGUGAGAGGGUUGAUCGGUGGGUGAGAGAUAGGAAGGGGAUGACGGUUGUGCAUAUGUGUGGGAGUAUGGAGGUAUUGGAGUUUUUGUGUGCGCGUGGGGAGAUGGGGAUGAGUGUUGAUGUGAGGGAUUGGAGGGGGGUUAGGCCUGUUGAGGUUUGUAAGGAUGAUGGGAUGAGGGAGAGGUUUGAUGAGUUGUCAUUAUGGGCUAGGCCUGUCAUACAGGAGCGGUGUACCGCGAUUCUUCGUGUCACGGUUCUGGAAGACGCGAGUGUGCGGUUCCUGAUUAAGAGUGGUAUCCCGAACGAUUCUGCGUCGACGACGGCGGUGUGGCGAUCCUAUGGUGAUUUCCAGUUUCUGCUCGAUCGGUUACGGCAGGAGAAUCCGGAUUCGUGGUUUCCGGCGUUACCGAGGAAUAUCCCGAACCCGUGUCUCUUACCUUCGAAACCGUCACGGAGUUUGUUGAAUAUGCUUUCGUUGCAUCUUACGGCCUUCUUACACGCACUUUUACGGCACUCGACACUCUGUUCGCAUGAGCUGUUGUGGGAAUUCAUACUCAUUCCUGAGCUGCAGUAUGGCUUAAUCCUGGAACGCACAAAGGAGAAUACGGCGGUAAGUAAAGAGGAGAUUUGGGCGAAUUGGACACCGGCAGAGGGGGAGGCGGAGUUAGGGGUCAUUGAGACUUGGUAUGAGCAUUCGAGGGGGCAGAUGGAGGAGUUGGAGGAGGGGUGGGAGCGGGUUGAUGGGGGUCUGAGGAGGGUGUGGGAGGUGCGAAAACGAAUAUCGACUGCGACACGGAUCGGUGCGAAGACUUUGGGUGGGUUGAGCGAGCUUGGGUUUUUGGGGAAGGAUGGGCAUAUUGCGGCAUUACAGCAUAUGGCGACUGAGUUGUCGAAUGAUGAUUCUACGCCAUACGAUGAUUUACUCGCCCUCCUCUCCUCCAUAACCUCCACAAACACGGGUCUUCUCUCCGCGUUGACCCACCGCCCACGGCAGCUUUUGGAUACAAUCCGCACCGCCUCCUCCCUCGCCUCCCGCACCGAGGCAACUAUCCGCCGAACCCCCCGUCUCCCACUCUCCCUCUUCGGCACAAUCCAAGACGAAACUCGACAUCGACUCGAGAUCAAAGUGAGAGAGGCACGACGCGAGGCGGGGAGAGCUGGGAGUGAGCUUGGGUUUGCGCAUGCGCGGGUUGCGGGGGAGAUGAGUUGUGUAUGGAAGGAGAGGGGUGGGGAGGGGGUGGAGGGCUUGAAGGCGUUUGUCAGGGGAGUUGUUAGAGGCGAGAGGGCGAGGUUGAGGGGGAUGAAGAAGGCUUUGGAGAUGAUUGGCGGGAGGACGGUUAUGAUGAAGGCAAGGGAUAGUAAUCCUACGAUUGAGUUUGAGCGGGAGGAAGGAGGGGAGCUGCUCAUAGAUUUGGAUAAGGUUGUUGAUGGAGAUGGAGAGGCAAGUCCUGGCGACGUGGAGCUGGAGACGGCUCGGGGGUUUGCGGAGGAGGCACCGCACGUGGCUGAUUCGUUCCCGGUCAUGAUCCCGAACGGGCACAACCAUGAUCCAGGAAUGGCGACGUGGGCCCCGUGGAAGAGGUUGGAAUGAAGGAUUGAUCUCGCUUAUGCAUUUGGUCAUACAAUGGUUUUGGGAUUUGUCUAGGGUAGGGUAGGAAAGGUAUACGGCGUAUCAAUAUUUACAGGUAAGACUGACGGAC